ACUCUCAAGGCAGUUUUGUGUUUGCCACAUGGACGCAAUGUCGUGUUUGACUUUUGCGUAGUCGAAAUUUUAAAUAAGAAAAGUGUAAAUACCAUACGUCUUCCCGCAAAGAAAACUCGAACUGCACAUCUAAAUUCACAAAUAGACAUUUGUGUUAUUUUUAGUUCGUUUGGAAUUUUUCUUGACAAGUUUGGUAUCUUAGUUAUGGAUUAUUUUAUAGUAUUUUUCUGAUUACUUUUACAGUUUUGUGAGUGGACGUGUGUAUUGGAUUCUGAUUUGAAUUGUACUCUCCAUAACCAAUGAUGACGUGACAACAAAUUAUGCGGGAAAAUAGUGAUAUGUCAUAGUGACAAUUGAAAAUAUGGCGGCGUUAGUACGAUUAGUAUGUGCAUUAAGUGCUUUUGUGUGUGUGAAUGGACAUGUUGCCCUAACCUACCCACCGGCUAGGAAAUACGAUUUAGACUUUUUAGAUAAUUCAAGAACAAAACCGCCAUGUGGAAUGCCCAAAGGAUCAAUACGGACAUCAUUUUUAGCGGGUUCAGCUUUCACGGUACAUUGGCAUUUAGCAUAUGCACACCGGGGUGGAUUUAGUUUAAGAAUUUUGGACUACUUAGAGCGACCUCUAUUGGAUCUUACACCAAGAGCCGGCGGUUCCGAGUUUGUUCGUGAUGAUGUCACUGCUCAAAAGUACGAAGUGCGUUUACCAAGUGACUUCACCUGUGAAAACUGCACACUGCAAUUGCAAAGAGAAGCCGGGGAGUGGGGGGCCAACUACCGCUUCUGGUCCUGCGCAGACAUCGAUAUAGUGCCACGUAAACAAUUCCAUGAGACGUGUUCAGGCAAGGGUUUCCACAUCCUCGGUAGAUGCAAAUGCAAUAAAUUGCACAGUGGGGCGCGGUGCCAGUUCUCCGAUGAAUGUUCUGAGGAUACUGACUGUGGUCUCCGAGGAAAGUGCGUGGAUGUCAACGCUACGGAGUCACCCAGUCGAAUGUGCUACUGCCCUCACGGGUUCUAUGGGAAGGGUUGUAAUAAAAAGGCUCCAUGGAAAGAUAAGGCAUUGAACCUAGGACUCUACAGCAAGAGGGAGUUGUCAAAGGACUUCUCCCUCUACUGGCGCGUGAUCAGGGACCUUCAGGAGGUGGAAAUCGUUAUGAUGGUUAACGGGACUUCUUAUGCAGCCGUUGGGUGGCGCCCUCAAGGUUUAAAAAAGGAAUGUAAAAACUUCCCAGUCUUGGGUUCACCACCUGAAAUACAAUCGGAGCCGUUGCCAAAACCAGAGCCAAAAUCAGAGCCCGAACCUAAAUCGGAGCCAGAGCCCGCACCUGAGCCUAAAUCAGAACCGCAACCAGAACCUGAGCCCACACCGGAACCAAAAGCUGAACCUUUACCCGAACCAGAGUCACCAAAGUCAGAGCUGACAUCUACAUUAGAACCAAAGCCCGAACCAUCUUCGAUGUCUGACGAAUCCAGUACUGAGGCGUAUAACUCAGAAAACGACCGAAAUAAACGCGUCGCAAUGCACACUAUGGACGGUAUUGACUUUAAGAACCUGGGAAAUGAUGUUACUGUAAAAACCAGUAUUUCCUAUAAAAUUUCGAGUUCAAAAGGUCGCAAAAAACGGGCUGCCCAAGAAGUUGAAAAGUCAAAUGUGGAAACAUCGACCAGUUUUAUAGACCAUGAAACUGAAAAUUAUCCAAUUCCUUUACCAACAAAACCCACCGUAGAAUUGCCGUCUCCAACUAAACAUAAGCCAUUUAAACCAAAGAUUAAGCUAGGUCCAAGACCCCUAUUGAUUUCUCCCCAAGAAUCAAAAGUUACAUCUAAGCCUCCAUCACAACCUAAAGAACUACCAGAACCCUCUCCUGAACCAAAAGUAGAACCGGAACCCUCUCCUGAACCUAAAGUAGAACCAGAACCUUCCCCUGAACCUAAAUCGGAACCAGAAACUUCCCCUGAAUCUAAAUCGGAACCAGAACCUUCCCCUGAACCUAAAUCGGAACCAGAACCUUCCCCUGAACCUAAAUCGGAACCAACCCCUUCUUCUGAACCUAAAUCAGAACCGCAUUCUUCUCCUGAGCCCAUAGCAGACAUUAUGCCGACAAUAAAUACGGACUCCGAAUCUUCACAGGAACCAAAAUCCCGCCAACCUAAAUCUAGAACCAUUUCCAGUAAAGAAAGUACUCCCACGCCAGAACCAGAGUCCUCUCCUGAACCCACAUCCGAGCCAGAACCUACUCCUGAACCAAAAGCAGAACCAGAACCUACUCCUGAGCCUAAGUCAGAACCAGAGCCUUCCCCAGAGCCUAAAUCAGAACCAGAACCUUCUCCUGAACCAAAAGCUGAACCUGAACCUACGUCCGAUCCAAAAUCUGAACCUGAACCUGAACCUACUUCCGAACCAAAAGCUGAACCUGAACCUACUUCCGAUCCAAAAGCUGAACCUGAACCUACUUCCGAACCAAAAGCUGAACCUGAACCUACUUCCGAUCCAAAAGCUGAACCUGAACCUACUUCCGAACCAAAUGCUGAACCAGAACCUUCCUCUAAACGUAAGGCGGAGCCAGAACCAUCUCCCGAACCUAAUUCAGAACCGACACCCAUUCCUGAACCUGAGUCAACUCCUGAACCAACGUCUGCAAUAGAUCCUAAUCCUGAACCUAGCGCAGAAGCCGAUGCAGAGAAUUUAUUAGUGAAAGGCCUAUAUGAAGAAACAGGUUAUUUCCCAUCUCACGAGUACGUGCCGAAAUUCGACUUUAAUCCAAUGGACUGCACGGAUAUCGUAAUCGGAACAGCUAGAGGGAACUAUCAUAGGGUGUUGGAUUACUAUACAAGAGACAGGUCUACUCCGCGAGUGGACACAUUCUGGGGUGGUCAUGAUGAUAUCACGGCUUCGUCUGGGUUUGAAGAAAAUGGUGUAACUACUAUAAUGUUCAGAAGGAAAAUUAAGGCUAAAGAACCCACAGACCAUUCGUUAGUGGAUGAUCUGAUGCACGUGAUUUGGGCUCGUGGUCAGGAGAUGGGAAAAUAUAUACACGCACCGCCCGCGGGACUCACGCAAGGCGACUUCUACCGCCCCGACGAGCUCAAGUACCACGGCCACGGAGACCAGAGAGGAGUUGUUGCUAUGAACUUCUUCGAAGAGACAAAAACGUCACUAUCGGGCAGUAUUACGUCUUUGGACAAUAACAAGUGCGGAGCGCAGUUUAAAUGGCCUUCGGCUUGUGAUGUCGCUAAUAACACUUGCGACUACGUUGCAUCUUGGGAGUAUCUAGGACAGAAGAGAGGAAAGGAUUCUAUUCGAUUUACUAUCAUCACCAAACAGACUAAAUAUUGGACCGGAAUUGGUUUCAGUCGGGAUCAAAAAAUGUCUCAAACUGACGCAAUACUUGGCUGGGUGGACAGUCGUUCUGGUAGACCGUUCGUUGGCGACGCCUGGCUUUCUGGAUAUUCGGCACCAAGGUUUGACUCCCGGCAGGACAUUACCCAGGCGAAGGGGGAAACUUCGGACGGGUUCACCACUUUGAGUUUUGUGAGGAAACGGGAUACUGGGGAUAAUAAGGAUCUACAAUUUACAGAUACAGAAUGUCUCUACUUGAUGUUCGUGACGCAGGGCGGCACAUUCGACGCUGUCAACAAACGUACAAGCAAACACCAGCAAGUACCCAUCGUCACUGAUGACAAGAUAUGCAUUAAGCCUUGUGGACCAGAACCUAUCGAAGAAGAACAAACAACAGAAGCAAUAAUUCCUGGCUCACACACGUAUGCCAUGCUCAUCCGGAUCACGGGUCUGGCUGAUAGCUUCAGACCUCCAGCCGCCGCUAGUCCAGAGUACGAGGAACUGGCGCAAAGGGUCGUCAACAGCUUGGCUGGAGAAUUGGCGAGGACGAAGGGUUACAAGGAUGUCAAAGUAAACGGAUUUAUGCAAAACGAAACAAAGGCAAUACUGGCAGAAUUAACUUUAAAAUCAAUCGAAACGAACCUCAUAGAAGGCAGCGCUCGGUCAUUGGAAGGUUCUCCAGCACAGAACGAGACAGAAGAUGAAACGGAGAAGUGGGAAAGGGCAGUGAGGGACACAUUGGCCAAGGGACGAGUUGGGAACUUAAAUGUUGACCCCGAGUUCUUGGUGUUUGCUCCAGAAAGCUUAGUGAUAAGCGGAAAUGAAGAGAAGAUAUCUGAAGGUGGUUUCGGGUCUGCAGCACGGCUUUGGGUGGUGGUAGGAUGUGUCGCAGCAUUAGUAUUGCUAGCGUUAGUGCAGGCUGCCUGUACCCUGGCACACUCUACCAGAGAUAAACAUAGAAAGGACCGUCUAAUUCCACAAACUGUUUGGAAAGACAUAACAUCAGCCAACACGAACUACGCAUUUGAACCGUUCGAAAACGACGAAAAAUUCAACACUUCCCGCUCGCCCACGAGACCAACUUCCCCGCCUCCGCCCAGACCUGACCAAGUGCGGAACGGUCACAGUGCCCAGAAAAAUGGAAAAAGCAAUGGGAAUAAUGGCCAUUUUAAUGGACACUCAAAUGGGCGUGUGGUUAAAACUCCCACGGGGACUGCAAAUAGGAAGCUCCAUAAUAGCGCGGCGCAGUAUUAUAAUGAUACCAGGUCGUUGCAGAGACCUAGGAGUCAGUAUGGCUACGGCCGUCCAGAGCACAGCAGCUAUUCUCUUCCCCGAGGACCACAAUCUCCGGCUUCAGUUCAGAGCGGUCACAGUGGAAGGUCUAGGGAACCAGCGCAACCAGAUUUCUACUUUAUGCCUUCGCAGAGGAAACACGAAGGUGAGGUUGUAAGGGUGUACGUUACCCCGCGAGAUUAGAACAUAGUCUUUAUCAUAAGAUUGGUCUUAACAAUAAGGUAUUAUAAAUAUACAAGUAAUUUAAAAAUUAUAGUACAAUUAAAAUAAAUCACCGCCAUAUGUAUUCAGUUCUUUUAAAAUCAACGUACAUUUUUAUUUAUUCAAAAGUUAUAAUGAAGGGAAGUUAUAUUUUACAAAUAAGUAAUUUACUACAGUCGCCUUUAUUAAUAUUUGAUUCGGGUGUAAAUGUUGCUGACAAACUCCAUUGGCCUGUUAUAUAUAAAUGUAGGUAUACAAUUGUUAUUAAUGUGUUGUAAAGUAUAAAAUUUAUAAUUAUAAGAGACAAUGUAUUGCUAAGGUUCACAGCUUUAAUUAUUAUCUUGCUGUGUGCUAGACUUGUGUUAAAUUGUCAUGUUAGUUAUUUUUAUUCUAAGUUGCUAACAUUUUUCCUUUUCGUUUAUUAACAAUGGUUUUCUUACUCAUAAACCAUCCACAGUUCAAAGAUCAUAGAAGUUGAUAAGGUUUUAAUUUAACAAAUUUUAAAGAACAUCUUGUGAAUAACGGUGAAGGCUGUGUCUAAUAAUAUUUUCUUUUUACAGAAUUUUGAUGGCGAAUCGAAAACUAACAUUAAGUUACCAUAAUUUCUUCCGCACUUCAUACAAAACAGUUCUAGUCUUGUGUCACAGUUUUAAACUAAGUUCAGCUCGCUUCAUCAUUAUAUAUUGUUAUUGAUUAUAUAACAUAAAAAAAAACAAUAAAAUAAUAUUCGCAAUGCAGGCGAACAAUUUAUCAAGUUGUAAUAUAAUCAUGAUAGCAAAGUAAAUUACUUAAAUGGGAUUAAAUGCAAUGAAAAUCGAAAAUUAUAAUAAUUAAUAGUGUUAAAUAAACUUUGGUAUGAGUAAAAUUGGAAGUAUUACAAAUUCAACCUGGUAAACUAGAUGGCGCUGCUUGCGCAAUCUAAUACUUAAACUACAAUAACAAUGUAUUUUGGAUGAGGCAAGUACACAUUCAUUCGACUGCUCAGAUGGCAUCUUGCUAUAUUUGAAUGUGUACGUGUUGUAUAUAACGCUGUAUAAUAAGGCAUAUGUGUUUAACUUUCUUGCAGUGGGGCUGAGGAUAUAGUCUACAUAUAUAAAAUUAAGUGGCAGUAGGUGACCAUGAUUUUUCGUAACAACUGGUAUUAUAAGAAAUGGAGUCUUAUAAAAUAUGGUUUACUUUUUAAUGGCUUCCUCAAUAAAGAAUUUUCAUAGAGGACGCUUCCAUUCAAUGAAUUAACCUUUUCUGUCCUAAUAAAUCAAACUUCGUUCAUAUCAUUAAGAGAUUUUUAUUAAUUGCUUUGACAGUUACAUAAUUAUCGUGCAUGACUCCAGAAAUUAGUAUUUAUCUUGAUAUCAUAUAAUUCUUAAAAAUCCUUAUCAUAUUUUCCUUAAUUUAUUCUCUCAUCUGUUUUUUCUUGACACCCAAUUAUUUGCCACAGACCAUUUAUUUAUGAAGCUCUCUGUCUAUAACAUAUUCAUGUAAUCUUUUUAUUGCAGUUUUAUAACCUCAGUUUCUACUUUCUAUACUAUAAGUUAACCGUCUUCCACGAAAGAUGGCGUUGGUUCCAUGAACAGGCGCCAUCUGUUAUUUGUAUGGUGCUCUAGUUGGAGGUUGAAUGCUCAGUUUAGAAAUUGAAUAAGUUAGAUAUACUUUGUGUAUAAAAUUAUUUUUAAUGCUUUUUAUUGAAAGCAGUCUUUAUUAAGGUUAAAAUCAAGGUUGUAGUGUAUACUUAAAUUACGAAAUUUAAUGUAAUGGCGGCUGUACACACUGGUUAUAUUUAUCUUAUGCGUGUACAUUGUACAGCCGUCAAAUUUGAUAUAUUGAACUAUAUCUAAAUUGGUUGCCAGUAAAAUUUAUGUAACGAAAUAUUGAAAUUGUCUACCAAAAUAGCUAGGUAUAAUUAAUACAAAUAUAUAAUAUAAAUUAAAGGGAUAAUCAGCUAAUAUAUGAAUAAGAUAAUUUAUAAUAAUUCCAUAGUGUAAUUAUUGACAGAGUAUUAAUAAUAAAAUAAUCAAGACCAAACCAUAGAUUUAUUAAUAAAUGUAUUUUAGUACAA